AUGGCGUUAGCUGUGAUAUGUACUACAAUAUUGCUGAUCGUCCAUCCUGCUAUGUUGAUGGAUAUGAAGAAAACUUCAGACAAAUAUGGCCCAUUUAAAAUAGGAAAGGUUGAAUCCGAAUUAUGUCACGGACCGAAGUUGUUGGACCAAGCGGUGGUUUCUGCCGCAAAUUUUAGACACGAAAAUGACGUCAUUCUUGCCACCUUCUCUUAUAAUGUUACCGAAGCCGCAAAAAUGAAUGAAAUAAAAAUCACCGUAUACAAUAUGAAAGACAACAAGAAAAGCAUCAUGUGGAACUACAAACUGACAGAGCCUUGCAAGCAUUUCGCUGUUAGCGCUGCAUUAACACAAAACCUUCAUAUGAAACCUGAUAGUUGCAUUGCUAAAGUGGGUGUCUACAAUUUCGACGUUAACGUCUCAGAUGCCGUGCACAAGUUUUACGGGGAUUCUUUUUUUUAUGGCGAUUACAUGUUCAAGCUGGUUAGCCUGUCCAAAAAUGGAAAUCUAGGAUGCAUGGUCAUGCGCCAAGUUUUUGAAAAAAAGGAUUGA